UUUGAAAAAAAACUCCUGGAAACAGAACAAACAUAAAACAUCUUUUUCAUCAUUUCUCGCACACAAAAAACAAAGGAACAACAGUUCUCUCUCUCUCUCUCUCUCACUCGCCUUUUCUUCUUCUUUUGAAUGAUCUCUCUCUCACACUCUAGAACAUAAACAUUCUUCCUUUGUUUCUUUAUUUGCAUGGCUAUAAACACUAUAAUGAAAAAUAAACCUUACAUUGUUGUCAGUAGCGAGGGAAGCGGUGCAGACGGAAAUCCUCCUAGUUCACCACCAUCUCCACGGCGUCAGACAAGCGGUUUCUCUCAAUGUCGUCGGCGGCUCCGCUCGAAGGUUCCCUUACAGUAUUUCCGCAAAUACAGCUUAGCUGCCGGGAUUUUUGGCCGGCGGAACAUACAGUUCCUGCUGCUCCUGUUCUUUCUCUACUUUUCUGGCUUGAUGAUGUGCGUGGGCCGGUUCUCCAAUUUCUUGCGUCACUCUCGUGAGCCUAUUGCGAUCUAUAAAAGCCAUCUAUUGUUAGAGAAGUUUUGGCAUGAUAUCGAGACUGACAAUUCUACUGCUCUUGAGUUAUCUUCUGUUUGGCAAUUCAAAAGGAGAAUGAGAGUGCAGAAACCUUGUCCCGUGUCAACUGCUAGACGGCAUUUGGGCUCAGUUGAAGUGUCAUCUGACCCUACCGGUUACUUAAUCGUCGAGGCAAAUGGCGGUCUGAACCAACAACGCUCUGCGAUCUGCAAUGCAGUUGCCGUAGCUGGAAUUUUGAAUGCAGUGCUGGUCAUCCCUAGUUUUGGUUACAACAAUGUCUGGAAGGAUCCAAGCGAGUUCAGAGACAUUUAUGAUGAAGAUCAUUUUAUAGCCACUCUUGAGGGUUAUGUGAAAGUGGUUAAAGAGUUGCCUAAUGAAUUGAUAUCAAGAUAUGACCACAAUAUUACUAAUAUUCCACACCUCCGUGUUGAAGCAUGGGCUCCUGCUAAACAUUAUUUAGGAAAAGUUUAUCCUGUCCUGCAGGAGCAUGGGGUCAUCCGCAUUGCACCCUUUGCCAAUAGAUUGGCAAUGAAUGUCCCAUCUCACAUUCAAUUGCUCAGGUGCAUAACAAAUUAUAGAGCAUUGAGGUUCUCUUCUCCUAUAACAACACUAGCACAGAAAUUACUAAACCGAAUGAUUGAGAGGAGCUCAAUGACUGGUGGAAAAUAUGUUUCUGUUCACCUUCGAUUUGAGGAGGACAUGGUGGCCUUCUCAUGCUGUUUGUAUGAUGGAGGAGAUGCUGAAAAGUUUGAAAUGGAUUCAUUUCGUGAAAAAGGGUGGAAAGGGAAGUUUAAAAAAAAAGAUCUUGACUUUGUAGCUGGUCGUAAUCGAAUUGAUGGAAAAUGCCCUCUGACCCCCUUGGAGGUAGGGAUGAUGCUGCGUGGCAUGGGAUUCGAUAACAACACUUCAAUUUAUUUAGCCUCAGGGAAACUUUACAAAGCAGAAGAAAAUUUAGCUCCUUUGUUGAAGAUGUUUCCCCUUCUUUACACCAAGGAAUCUCUUGCAACCUCUGACGAGCUUGCUCCAUUUCAGGGCUACUCUUCAAGGCUAGCAGCUUUGGACUACACUGUAUGUUUGUUCAGUGAGGUUUUCGUGACAACUCAAGGAGGAAACUUCCCACAUUUUCUGAUGGGUCACCGUAGAUUCCUUUUUAAUGGGCACGCGAAGACCAUUAAACCCGAUAAACGCAUGCUUGUUGGUCUACUAGAAAACAUGACAAUCAGCUGGAAGGACUUCAAGGAUGAUAUGGAUGCAAUGCUCCUUGAAAGCGAUCGCAAGGGAAUGAUGAUUCCAAGAGUCAGAAAAUUCAACAGAAAAAAUUCAAUCUACACAUUCCCCUUGCCAGAAUGUGACUGUCUCCAAUCACACGACUCCUCACUUGGGCUAAACCAUACUCUUAAUGCUCUUGAACCCCCAAGAUGAACAGAUUCCAGACUCGAUUAGUGAUCCUAUCAUGUACAGUAAUCAACCAAUACUUUUAUUGGGGUGUUUUCUUCAGCGGUUCUUUCAGCAAUUCAGCCUCUUCUCAUGGAUUGUUAUAUUCAAAAGCAGAUAACACUUACAGUUGCCAUCGGGAGAUGUGUGGAUUCCGAUUUUGAUCAUUUGAGGAAUUCUGAUAUUAUACAUUUUGCGCAAGACUGCAUCCAAGCAUUCUUUACGUUGGUUAAAGUUUUUUCAGCAUCCAAUUUCUUGUUGGCUGCAACAAGUGAAUGUUUGGUUUUUGGCGGCCUUCGAUCUUCAUCAUGCAAAGUGUGAGCAUAGCAUUUGGGGGUAUGAUCGCAAGAAAUGGUACAGAAACAUUCGUAUAGCCGAUCCCAGCUAAUGUGGAAUUGGGGCUUGGUUGUUGUUAUAACAUAGAGAUUGACUUGCUAGCUCUAUUCAACUGGCUGCCUCUAGUUGAGCUCCCCCCUCUUGGACUCUAAAUAUCGUCUCAGUUUUAGAUUAUUUUUAUUGUUUUUUGAAAAUUAGGCAUCAACUAUCAUUAAUUUUAUAUUUGUUAUUGGCUA